AAAUCGAACGCUAAAUUUGGAUCUCUUUUCAGAUGAGGGGAAAAAUCGAAAUGAUAUUUUUCAUGUGGACUAAAAAACCUUUUAUGAAAACGAUGUAUUAAUCAAGUUAACAUGUUUGUAUGCAGGACGGACCCUUAUCAAUACAUUGAGAAAUAUUAUAAAAACUCAACUGGAAUUAAAUGACAUGGAUUAACGUAACACUUCCAUAUAUGUAUACAACUGGCUUACGCCAUUGGGACGCACAUCCGUGAAGGAAAUUACUUUUACUGCAUUUUCAUUGAACUGGUGAUAGAAAUCGAUCCAGUCGAAUCAAAGGAAGAUCUAUUGAAAAUAAAAAAUUUGAUUUCUUAUUUGUUUCCUAAAUAUUUGACUUAAUGACACCGUGGCGUUAAGAUUAUUUAUUUGUGUUUGUAAACACUGGAUAGCGAUAUCUCUUACGUGUAAAUGUAAGAUUUUAAAUGAAAGUACGGCAAGUUUAAUAAGUUUCGUUUCGUGAUAAAAUUCAUUUUAUCCAAGAAAAAACACAUUCGACUUCAGGAUUUAUGUUGUAGUUGUUUUGAAAAUGCCAACUAUUGAAACCGACACGAGAACUCAAAACACAUUACCGGAUAUAUUUCGUACCAUAAGUGGAAUAAAUUUGGAUAUUGGACUCCUUGACCGUCUCCGCGAGUCCGAUACCCCCGACGAUACCGCGCCCUGGGGUAGGGGUGACAAGGGAGCUAAAGGGCGCAGUAAUUUCCCUCGGAUUAUUCUCCGUGAUGCCCUAGGUCGCGAGUUAGAUACCUUUACCACACUACAGGAGGCAAUAUACCGAGCCAAAUGGAACGUAAAGCAGUCGGGCCAAGCCAAGGUACCGUUGGAAUGGAGGUUACCGAAAGCCCCACCGCCGGCACGACCGGAUCUCACAAGAACGUUCCCGCCGUUAAAACACCCACCUGCUCACCCACCAGACGAUAAACUGAAAGCGAAAUUCGACAGUUCAAGAGUUCUGGAGUUUGAUGUUGAGGAUGUUGGGUUUGUACGAGAGAGUCUGCAGUACCUUCCCUAUGCACCGUCAUUGUCCUUUCUUAAACAGGAAAUACUUGUUGGACCAAAGACGUAUUUCCAGAUUGUGGGCACUAUGUUACUGCACAAGAAAUUCUUGUCACAAACAGAAAAAAGGCACGCCAUCUAUAACUUCCCAGGGUUCUGCUCGGGGUGUAUGCGGAUGGGACUGUGUUAUGGUUGUGAAAGAAGUACAGAAAUACACUUCCAUGAGGACAAGCCUGUGAAGACAGGGGGAGGUUUCACGUAUUUCAAGAAAGACAGACCAGAGAAAGAGAUCAAGUCUCGGAACCCAAUCAACUGGAAAAUUCAGCAUCCCGAUAAAGCUCUGAAGAAAUUAAUGGAAGAGUAUGCAGGGGUUGAGCUGGAAGGGGCCAUACCAGAUGAAAUUAAACAGCAUCUUGACAAACACGGCGGUCAUCGGGAGAGAAUUGUCUCAAAUAUACCAGAUUUUGCUAGAGAAAUGAAGGAAUUCGAUGACAAAGAGAAAUUGAACAGAGGAGAUGGUUUUUUACCGGAUAUACAUGUGAGAUACGAUCAUCAAGAUGGAAGUGAUGGUGACCUUGAAAGUUUAGGUGAUGGUCACAGUAGCAGAAGAGGUCAUGACCUUGAAGGUCACAGUGGCAGAGAAGGUGACCUUGACAGUCAAUAUGAAGGUCAUAGUGGCAGAAGACAUUAUGACCUUGACCCUAAUGAUGUGAGAGUUCAUAUUCAAGGUCAAGAUGACACAGAUGAAGAAGAUGAUUAUAAUGGUAACCAACGGCGACAGAAAUUUAGUGGUGGGAGGGGAAAGGGACAUCCUGAUGGUGUAGAUGUUCCAAAAAGUGGUGCUACAAGUUGGAGUAAAACUCAGUCAGGAAUGCUUGAUGGUACUCUGAAAUCUGGACACAAUGCUAGUGAUGACGAGGGUCGUAGAGCUGCAAGUUAUGACAGAUAUGAUAGGCACGGGCAUCGUUUGCCGAAAUAUAGACGGGUAGAAUCGGGCUCAGAUGAAGAGAAUGAUGAGCGUGAAAAGUCGGACACGGAAGAUUAUAGUUCUCGACGCAGCAGGAGGAAGGAAAAACUUUAUAAAGCUCCACCAGCUUUUAAGUUGAAAAAGAGCCCUAAGAGAAGUAUAGUAUCAAAGUCACCCUUCAGUACAGACAGAGAGUACGACCUGCCAAAAGGUAAAGGGCUAGAUAUCAAGAAGUCAGACAAACCUCCCACCCAGUUCAAAGAGUUCAGGAAUGUAGAUGCCUCGUGGAAGGAACCAAAGAAGUUUGAACUGAAGAAAAAUGAAAAUAAAACAACCAAGUUCUGGUCAGGACCACCACCCAAGAAGAAAGAAAACUUUAAGAAAAAAGGGGACAGGUCACAUGGCUUAAGAAGGGUGCCUUCACCAAGAUCUGUGUCUCCAGACUCUGGACUGGAAAGUGAACUCCUUACAGAAAUAUCAAAGGAAAACACAAAUGUCAAUGUCCAUGAUGUAGAAGAUUUCACACAAUUAGAAAACUUCUUAACGAGAGUUUUUGACUUUGAUGAAGAAAUUGAGUUUGAUGUUGAGGAUGUUGGGUUUGUACGAGAGAGUCUGCAGUACCUUCCCUAUGCACCGUCAUUGUCCUUUCUUAAACAGGAAAUACUUGUUGGACCAAAGACGUAUUUCCAGAUUGUUGGGACAAUGUUGCUGCACAAGAAAUUCUUGUCACAAACUGAGAAACGACACGCGAUCUAUAACUUCCCAGGGUUCUGCUCGGGAUGUAUGCGGAUGGGACUUUGUUACGGUUGUGAGAGAAGUACCGAAAUACACUUUCAUGAGGACAAGCCUGUGAAGACAGGGGGAGGUUUCACGUAUUUUAAGAAAGAUAGACCAGAAAAAGAGAUCAAAUCACGGAACCCAAUCAACUGGAAAAUUCAGCAUCCCGAUAAAGCUCUGAAGAAAUUAAUGGAAGAGUAUGCAGGGGUUGAGCUGGAAGGGGCCAUACCAGAUGAAAUUAAACAACAUCUGGACAAACAUGGCGGUCAUCGGGAGAGAAUUGUCUCAAAUAUACCAGAUUUUGCUAGAGAAAUGAAGGAAUUCAAUGACAAAGAGAAAUUGAACAGAGGAGAUGGUUUUUUACCGGAUAUACAUGUGAGAUACGAUCAUAAAGAUGGAAGUGAUGGUGACCUUGAAAGUUUAGGUGAAGGUCACAGUAGCAGAAGAGGUCAUGACCUUGAAGGUCACAGUUGCAGAGAAGGUCAUGACCAUGACAGUCAAGAUGAAGGUCAAAGUGGCAGAAAACAUUAUGACCUUGACCCUAAUGAUGUCAGAGUUCAUAUUCAAGGUCAAGAUGAUACAGAUGAAGAAGAUGAUUAUAACGGUAACCAACGGCGACAAAAAUUUAGUGGUGGGAGGGGAAAGGGACAUCCUAGUGGUGUAGAUGUUCCAAAAAGUGGUGCUACAAGUUGGAGUAAAACUCAGUCAGGAAUGCGGGAUGGUACUCUGAAAUCUGGACACAGUACUAGUGAUGACGAGGGUCAUAGAGCUGCAAGUUAUGACAGAUAUGAUAGGCACGGGCAUCGUUUGCCGAAAUAUAGACGGGUAGAAUCGGGCUCAGAUGAAGAGAAUGAUGAAUGUGAAAAGUCGGACACGGAAGAUUAUAGUUCACGACGCAGCAGGAGGAAGGAAAAACUUUAUAAAGACACAGACGGUCUCCGUACAGCUCCUCCGGCUUUUAAGUUGAAAAAGAGCCCUAAGAGAAGUAUAGUAUCAAAGUCACCGUUCAGCACAGACAGAGAGUACGACCUGCCGAAGGGUAAAGGGCUAGAUAUCAAGAAGUCGGACAAACCACCCACCCAGUUCAAAGAGUUCAGGAAUGUAGAUGCCUCGUGGAAGGAACCAAAGAAGUUUGAACUGAAGAAAAAUGAAAAUAAAACAACCAAGUUCUGGUCAGGACCACCACCCAAGAAGAAAGAAAACUUUAAGAAAAAAGGGGACAGGUCACAUGGCUUAAGAAGGGUGCCUUCACCAAGAUCUGUGUCUCCAGACUCUGGACUGGAAAGUGAACUCCUUACAGGGCAAAGCCAUGAUGGAGAAGUAUAUGGAGUAAUUGAAACUGAGAGAGGUAGGAAAAAUGGAAAGAAGAGCACAGGUGAUAGAAAGAAAAGGUCAAAGGAAAGAAGUCAGAGGAAGGCAAAAAUUAAAGACUCAAGCCGUGAGAGAGGAAAGAUUAAAGGGAAAAACGGGAGAAGAGACAGUUUAUCAGAUGAAGAAGUUGACCUAAAUCAGUUACCAAGUAUAAAAAGUCAACUGGCAAAAAUAUUUGAGAGUCAAAACAAUAAAAGCGAAGUUAACAAUGCAGAUGAAGAUACAUCUGAAGAUGAAAACAUAGAUGAUGCUACUGACCUGGAAGAAAAUUCAGAUAAUGAAAAAGAGAUUGGUAAUAAUCGGUGGGAACGAAAGCGACCUACUUCAGCAGAGAGGGCAGAUUUUCUUAGAGUACCUGGUAUAAAAUUAAAGAAAUACCGCUCCAUGUCCAUGCCACUUUUAGGAGAUAUUGAGGAAUUACAACAGAGGUUCGGUAAACUAUCUCUGGAGCAGCUAAAAGCACCUAUCAAAGUUCCGAUAUACCUGCCAGUAUUCAAGCGAGGAAGUGUCAUCUUAAAGAAGCAGUUUAAAUCCAAUCCAAAGAGGGUGAAAGGUCGUGAGAGGUCAAUGUCAGUCUCAGUUGUGACCUUUCCACCACAGCUUGUUGACUUUGAAGAUACAACAAAUAAAUCAGAACCUUUAGAGCCCGUAAGGGAGGAAACUCUUACAAUAACUCCAGAUAUGGGUUUGUCUGAGAGGACCGGAACUCCGCUACAGCUUAGAGUACAGUCUCCAGUACCAGAUAAGCCACCACGUUCAGUAUCGCCACCCAAAAAGAGGGAGAUUGUGAAGAAGGUAAAGAAACCACCACCUGUGUCUCCUGCUCCUGUGCCGGUAGAGCCAAAGCCACCCACCCCAGUUAAGGAAAAGACACCCAGUCCUGUACCUGUGGAAGAAGAAAGACCGGUAUCAAGGGAGAUCAGUUUUGAUUUUGUUAAAGAAAAGUCAGUACCAGAGUUACCUCCCAUAGAAAUUCCAGAACUUCCAGAAAUACAAGAAAGACAGUCUGAAUACAAAGGUGUGAAGAAGGAAAGAAAACUGAUAGAAGUGACACCAGAGAUUCCAGAGCCCAAGAAGAAGUUGCCUCCACCUCCAAAAGUUGCUCCUAGAAUUAAAACAAGAACUUCCAGGAAGAGUAAGGUAGCAGAGGCCCCAGUCACCACACAGGAAUUACAGCAGCUGUCUGAUCCACUAGAUUUCCUUGCUAAAUACUGUAUUAUCAACCCUGACAGACUUCCUUACUAUGAGAGAGUAUUCAACAGUGCCGUGAAUGUGCAGACUCCACGAUACACACGUGACCACAUGGCUGCUCGUGGCGGAAUAGUACAUCUACCGCCUGCUCAGUUGUCAGACCAUGAGCUCAACAUGCUCAAAGACCUAACUGUGAUAACACAUGCUCAAACACCCAGGAGAGAUGGUGUAAGUGUGCCAGAACAGUAUCUUGAAAAGUUAAAUUACUCUAUAGAGUUUAUAAAGACAAAGCAGGAUGCUCUACAAGACCAUAUGCAUGAACUUCAAGUUGAGAAGAUACAUUUGAUGGCACAGCUGGCAAAACAACUUGAUCGGGACAUCGUUAGGGUAGAUUAUAAAUCAAAAGGCAAAAAGAAGAAAAAGGGUGAUGAUGAUGAAAAUAGUCCAAAGAAAAAGAAGAAGAAGAAAUCGGAAGAACCGGAUUAUGAUACAAUGGGUGCCAUGAGCGUCCCGAAGAACUUCAUACCACAGCGAGCAUCGGAUAUCACAGAUGAGGUUAUUGUGAGCAGGAUGGAUGAUAAAAUGAUGAAAAAGGUAAAGAAAGAUCCUACAGUGAAGAAACUUCAAAUGCAGAUUAGUAGAGAUCUGGAAAAACUAAAGCACUUUGACCAGCGUGUAGCACAAAUAGAAGAUGAGAAGGAUCUUGUUGGUCUAUAUUGUAUGGAUUAUUACUUCAGCGAGCAGGACGAGUCUAUGCCACCGUACGAGUUUAGACGUCAACAGAGCCGGCUUUAUCAGAAAUUACACCCUGAUCCAGAUAUUGAAAUGAAUACAGAAGAAGUGGAAACAGCUCUACAGCAGAUAAACAACAAACUGCUCUCAGAGAAGGAGUUCCAGUAUAUAUACUUUAUACUUGACCUUCCAAAGAGAGAGAAAAUCAACUUUCGGUUGUUCAGUAUCAUAGCUGCCUUGUCGGAGAAAGUCACACAGAUGGAUCCUGUUAUACGCAAGUUAAUGAACAAGGUGGAUUAUAAUGCACUGGAUAUCAAAAUGGAAAAGAGCAAGGAAUUGUUUGAAUUGUUACAAGAUGAAAGCCAGUUGCCUGUAGGGAAUGCUCCAGCUGAAACACUAGCUGUAGAACUCACUGCUGGAGGUCUAACACCGGAACAUACCAAUUAUGUUUUAAGCAAGUUCAACAGAGAAGGUCGUGGCUUUGUAGAUUUUCUCGAUUUCGUCACAUAUGUUCCACUGUUUAUUGAGAUACACAAGAGAAUUAUAGAAGACCCAUUCAAUGACACUCUAAAUGUAUGAACCGAGUGUGCAUUAACAACUAGUUAUAAAAGAUCCAGUCAGUGACAUCAUGAAUGUAUGAAACCAGCGUGUUAAGAGAAAAGAAACAUGAAAAAUUCAUUAAGUGAAACUCUCAGUAUCAAAGUGGUACAUUAAUAAUGAAUUAUAGAAGGUCCUUUCAUGAUGCCCUUAAUGAUAAAGGAGGAAGAAGUGAGACUGUUAUGAUGCUACCCUUUACCCCCACCCCCUCCCAACUCUUCAAAAAAGAUGAGGUGUAUUGUUUUGCUUGUGUCUGUUGGUUGGUUGGUUGGUCAGUCAGUCAGUAGAACCUUUCAUUGCUUAUCAAUUAUUGGAGAAUGCUCUAGCCUACAAUAGUCAAACAUUAUAGGAUGAUUGUCUGUGGUCAGUAGAUGGUCCAUAUAAUUUUAGAGGUGGUAGGUCAAAGGUCAAGGUCACUGUGAUCUUGAGACUGAUCUUGUUUCUGCUCAAUAACAAGAGAAAGCUUUGAAAUCCAGUGGUUUAACUUUUAAAAAAUGACUGCCUAUGGUAAGUAGUUGACCCCUAAUGUUUUUUGGUCAGUAGAUCAAAGGUCAAAGUCACGGUGAUCUUCUGACUGAAAGUAUGAAAAAUUCAGAUCAAUAACUGAAGAAUGAUUUGGCCUAUGGCUGUCGAGUUUCGUAGGAUUGUCUAUGGUCAGUAGGUAACCUUUUUUGUUUUUUGAGGUCAAAAGCCAAGGUCACGUAAUAUUGAAAAUUAUACACCCCAUUACCUGUGGCGUGCCAUGAAUUGGCUGGGCAUACGUCUUUUACAAACAGUUUUUGUUCAUUGAAGAUUCUGUCAGUAACCUACUUAGUACAUUUGUAUAAUCUAAAAUCCUUUCUAGACAUACACGUGUAUAAACUGCUUUCUAGAUAUAUGUAAACUGCAAAUUAUGAAAAGUAAAUUCUGUGAUAUAAUGGACUCCUUUCAAAUAACGGUACAUGUGCAGCCCCGUAAAGAACACCAGAAUGUCAGUCCAGUGAUAAAACAACUAGUAGCCUACUUACAAUAUACGUUUCAGUUUAGUUAAGUAGAUCACAAAGAAAUUAUUGUUUAUUUAAAACUACCAGUGAGAUGUUAAUUCUGAAGUUUAAACUUAGCUG